CACUAUGAACAUUGUAUUAUAAGUAUAAAGCUAUGCAUUUUAGGUCAAGUAAGAGGCAUAAUGAACAGGAUCCAGGUGUCAUUGUGUACCUCCAUUGUAAUAUGUUGAAUAUGUUCACGUGUGUGGCAGAAUAUAUAAAAGAAUAGAUAGUUAGAUAAAAUAUAAAUUCUUAUUAAUAAAUAUUUAGAAUUACUAGACUCAGCAUAUCUCUGACAGAGGCAGAACCAAAACGGGCCUGGUCUGCGUUUCAACCCGGACACUUGAAUCCGCCGAACACCGGAUAAAGCGUAGUAGUAUUAAAAACAUUCCUACAUUGUAUACAUUCGUUUUUGCAUAUCUUGAAGUCACUUUAUGAUUUACCCUAUGAAUUUGAAGUUCUAGGCAACGUUCGCAGUGGUGCAUUCAAAAAAAGAUGACUACUCCGAGAGCCCUCCCCCAGAGCAAGGAGACGCUUCUUCAGAACUACAACAAGAGGCUGAAGGAUGACGUCCGGUCCAUCGUGGACAACUUCUCUGAAAUUAUCAAAACGGCCAAGAUAGAAGAUGAGACUCAAGUUUCGCGAGCAACACAAGGAGAGCAAGACCAUUAUGAAAUGCAUGUCAGGGCAGCCAACAUUGUGCGAGCGGGAGAGUCCCUGAUGAAGCUAGUCUCGGACCUGAAGCAGUUCCUCAUCCUGAACGACUUCCCUUCAGUCAACGACGCCAUCACCCUGCAGAACCAGCAGCUCCGCUCGCUGCAGGACGAGUGUGACAAGAAGCUCACGUCCCUCCGCGACGAGAUCGCUGUCGACCUCUAUGAGCUAGAGGAAGAAUAUUACUCCUCCAGGUACAAAUAAGACUACCCGCUGCAUUGUAGUCCCAUGCCUAGAGCCAUGUCAUCCCACUUCCUUUGACCAUUCACCGCUGAGCCUUUUGAAAAGUUGAGCCCAAAUCUCCACUGGAGCACGGUGUUGUCUCUGCCUCUUGGCCGAUGAAUGAGUGACUGGUUCAGGGUCUGGUCAGUCACAUGAGACCUCAUGAAACUCAUCUCAAUUAGGUCUACCAUACACCGUCAACUGUCACUGAAAUAAGUGCCUUUUAUUUUUGUUAAAUGUCUUGUUUUUUUUUGUGUGUCAUAGUAACUGUAGCUGGUAAAGUAGAGUGUUGAAAGUAAUUAUUAAAGGUGUGGCUACCAGUAGCCCCCUGCAGUAUAUCAAUCAAUUUGAAUGUCACUACAGCAACUUUGACGUGCAUAAGAUUAAAUCAAAAAUUUCUUUACACACUGUUCAAGCAAGGUGAGGUUAAAAUAGCACAGCUUGGUGGGUCUCUAAUUGUAUUGUCUAGGAUGCAUUUUUGAGACAGUCCUCCACACCCACAUUUCAUGGAAUGCAAACAAUGUUACCCCGUAUAUCCAUGUGACUAUAAUCGCUGAAUAGAUGCAUGAAUGUUUUCGGCUUUUAUUUUGCUCUACAGGGAAAUGGAUUUCUAACACCUUCUGAACCAAAACAAUAUUUUCAAUAAUAUUUGACCUACUGCUCUUUAAAGAGGGCCUUUUAGACAACGUACCAUGGCACCAUAUGUAGAGUUUGAGUUAGGUAGCUAUAGAUUGCUUGCUCAGAGCUGAUUUUAUUCAUUUGAGAUCAAGUUAAAAAAAUUGCAUGUACCCAUGUUUACUUUUUUCAGAGGCCUAGAGACUUGGGCUUCUGUAAAAGGUUGUUUGUUUCUUGUAGAUUCCGUCCUUAUCAGUGGAGUCAAAGCUGUAUCUAUGCAAGGCAUGUCCAUCCAAUAUGGUUGAAUGUUUUUGGGGUCAUUUCUUUUCCUAGAGCCUAAGCAUUUGAGAAAUAAAGUAGACAAAACGUUCUCAGUAGUACGUCUAAUUUCUAUUCUCUGAAAGACACAGAACCGUUUACUGUCUCACUAGCUCCCCAACUGCUCUGACCCUCCCCUCCUGCCAUUCAGUUGCUUUCCUUAAUCACUCCUCACCUUGUAUAGCUGUACUGCAGAGUUUCUACAGCAACAACAUUUCCAUUGCUCUGUUUUUUUAAGGGGGUACAUGUUUUCUUAUCUGCUACUUCUCAGCUUUUCUACGGCAAUCCCCAUUUUGUUUAACUUAACCUUUGCAGUGCUUAUGCAGCCCUUGCUUUGUCUUCAUACAUUCGUGCCUGUAAGUCGAUGUGCUUCCUCUGCUGCCUGGGCACACUUGUCUGCUUUACUUUCUGUGCUGCGCUGAUUCUGCUUCCUAUU